AUGUCCCUCCAGAAUAUCUGGCAUCUCCGCCGGGUGGCCGACACCGCCGCCCGGGCCUGCUACAUCUGCUACAAACCGUCCAGUAGCGUGCUGAUCACCCCGGACAAUAAAGAUUUCUUCUACGUCUGCCCCGUGCAUCUGAAAGAUCGCAACUUCUGCUCGGCGAUCGUGGACGUGGAGGAGCAGGAGGUGAAGCGCAAGAAGGAGGCGAUGGACGCGGAGAUCGAGAAGGUCAAGAGGGAAUACGAGGAAAAACAGCGGCGGAAGAAGGAGAAGUCAAAAGAGAAAGAGAAGGAGAAGGCCGCUGACAAGGAAGAGGACAAGAAAAAAGAUGAUCAGAAGUCGGCCUCCGAGGAGAAAGAUACCAAGGCUGAUGAGAAGGAGAGAGAUGAUAAGAUCGCAUCCAUCCAAAAGUCCGAAAGCACGCCCUCGGCCGAUGACUCGCCUCGAAUCUUCGCCUUGCACAAGAACUUCUACGCCAUGCGCCUCGAACGUCUGCGUAAUGCCGAAGCCGCCAAGCGCAACCGGCAAAGAAUGCAGGACCCGUCUUUUUUCCCGUCUGUUCCGUCUGGGGGGAUUUGA